AUGCCAAUUACCAUCGCAAUCGCUAGCAUCAGCAGCACGCUUGCUCUUCUCGUCGCGAAAUCACUUCUUCAACAACCUGAUGUCCGCAUUCGCGGCUCUUCAAGCAACAUAAGCAAGAUUCCAGAUGAUCUGAAAUCCGACUCUCGCAUUUCGUUGGUGCAGAGCGACCCAUACGACACCGAGACGUUGCGCACUUUGAAAGUUUUAAUUGACCUUUGUGAAAAAGAAGGUGUACCACGUUACAUCGCCAGUGACUACACUGUAGAAUACCGCAAGCUCGAUCCGACCGACAUGGUGAUCAAUUUUUUUACAAACGAUAUCGUAGCAUACUUGGACACAAAGCUUGGGGUUAAGGGCGUGCACAUCAUGGUCGGUCUUUUGAUCGAGACCUUUAUUGACCUUUUCGACGCCUGGCGCCCGGAAGCGAACGAGCUUCGGUAUUGGGGGACUGGUAAUGAGAAAUUGGACUUCACCUCAUAUCAGACAGCAGCAGAAUAUGUUGCUGCUGUGGCUCUUGAUCCGAAUGCAUCCGGCUUCUUCAAAUUCAGAGGAGAUCAUAAAAGCAUGAUAGAAAUCGCUAAUGAAAUCGAAUCAGUGACUGGUUCUAGGCCAUUCCUCAAACGCAACGGACCUUUGGUCGACUUUGAGAAGCUGUUGGAUGGCGCUGGCAACAUGGAGCAAGUCGCUGUUGAUGCGCAAUACUUCAUACUGACCGGAAAGGUAUCCCUUGGUGAUGAUAUAGACAACGCCAAGUACCCCUCCGUGAAGCCAGAAGCAUUUUCUGUCGUACUGCGAUGA